CAUAAGUACUCACAAACCUCACAACCUACGAAACUAUCGAAACAUAUCAAACUUGUACGGAACGAUGAACCCUCAUGCUUCAAACACCCACGUGAAUGAUGCCCUUGAUCUCUCCGAGCUCCCUUCAACGACGCCGUUUCAGGACGCGUCGCCGUCGUUGUGGCCGACGGCGGUGUUCGGCCGCAGCAGCAUUUUCUCCGCGGAGCUGCCGCUGAAGGAGGACGACGCCGACGACAUGGUUAUCUACGGCGCUCUGCUUGAGGCCGCCGCCGCCGAAUGGUUCCCCGCAAAUGGCGGUGGGGUGAGCAAUGUAGCAGUUAAAAUGGAAAAGGGGGGUGGGAGCAGUGGCACCAAAGGCGCGAGUGGAACUCACGCGCCUCCGGUGAAGGGGUUGAGCUACCGCGGCGUGCGGAGGAGGCCGUGGGGAAAGUUCGCGGCGGAGAUAAGGGAUGCUAAGAGGAAUGGCGUGAGAGUGUGGCUUGGAACCUAUGAAACUGCUGAAGACGCAGCUUUGGCUUAUGAUCGAGCUGCGUUUCGAAUGCAUGGCUCCAAAGCAAAGCUCAAUUUUCCUCAUUUGAUUGGUUCUGAUGAAGCCGAACCAAUUAGGGUUACGUCAAAGAAACGUUCGUUGAAUGUUUUACCGGCGAGUUUAUCGUUGGUGACUGCAAAACGGAGUAAAGAUAAUUCUUUGGUUGAUUCGGAGAUGAAGAAGUUGAAUAUGUGGUAGUUUUCAUAAACAAAAAUGGUGAAAAUAAUAUCGGGGUUCGAGUAAUUGUGAUGAUAACUUGUGAUGGGUUGACAUGUUUCAUAUUUUAUUUAAGGAGAAUAAUAUUUUAAAUAUUAAAUACUUAUAAUACAAUGUGUCAUUUUUAAAAUGAUUUUAAAAUAUUAGAAAUGAAAAUAAUAUCGG